UCAGCAGUGGGGAGGUCGCAAAGGUGGUUAUAUCGCUGGGUUUAGGCAGUUUACAGUAUUGUCACUUUCGGGAAUGAUAGACACAAGAUAAGGACAACUCUUUAAAAACCAUAUUCGCCCGUUUUAGCACUCUGCAGACACCAUGGCUUUCGCUAAAGGUACACUCUCCAACACGGUUACUGUCGGACCGGAAUCAUGGAGGAAUACGACCAUGCGAGGUAUGAAAUUAUCACAGACAUUCGUUCAAAAAAGUGACAGAGCUUGCGAAAUCGGGCGAUUGUUGGACCCCAUUCCCCAACUGAGAGACACGGUGGCCGACCUGAGCAACGAGGAGAUUCACAAAUACUCGAGAGAAGUGCGCUUAGUUGUUGCACGUUUGAGAGAAAGUCUCCUGGAAACCAACGAGGAAAUAAAGUCUCUGAGCCGUGGUAAAGAGGCCUUGGAAACAUCACUGGAACACAUCCGUAAAGACAUCCAGCUGAACAAGGACAGUCAAUUCUUCAGGUUUUCACGGCCACUUCGUGAAAGGGCCGCAGAUGGAGCUGAUGACUUACUUAGUGCUGAAAGAGCUCACCUCCUUAAUCUGAAAAGGUCAUUAGAGGCUCAGCUAGCUUUGGUUCAACAACAGCUUCAGGUUCUAGAUGCUGCGCGCAAACGCCUCUUUGCUGUUCUCCAAGAAAGAUCUCGAGUUAUGGACUUACUGUGCCAUUCCAUUUCAUCUGGUCACAGUGGCCGACGUAGUCAUCAGUCCCAAGAAAUGAACUGUGUCAAAGGACGAGGGUCCUCCAUGGAGAACUUGUCUGCUAACAUCACUGACCAGCUGGGUCCCUUCACCCCUGAAUGCGAGCAUUCCUUGGCUGAUGCAAAAGAGGCACGAGCACGCUCUGCCUAUCUGAGGCGAGAAGUUCACGAGAUCAUUGACAAGACAGAGAAGCUUCAAAAGGCUGCUCACAAAUCUGUCAAUGACGGUCUGACUCAGAAACUGGCUGAAACUGUCACUCUGAAGCAACAUCUGGGUGUGUCACUUGGAGAGAACAGACAUGCUGUACACAGAGCCCAUCGAUUCCUUGACUCUACAGAAAAAGCCAGAGGUUAUACUUUGGGUCCUGUCAUAAGUUCUGAUCUCACCACACGAGAGCGUCUUGAUCGUCCUUUGGUGCGGGUUUUCCAGAGGCAUCCGGGAACUCAGCUUCCAGAAGCUCAGGAAAUUGUUAGGGGUGGGGAUUCACUUUUGGACUCGAUCUCAGCAACCAGCAGAAACAUUAACUACUUGUCGCUAGCGCAGCUGCGUUUGCGUGAAGACAUGCGCAGUAAAACAGCCGCAGCCAGCAUCGACAGCAGUAUCAUCCGCAUGCGUCGAAGGAAGGGAGACCACCGCUGGAGUUUAGGUGCAGCGUUUUAAACAAUCAUGUGUUUACUCGACUGGGAUGUACAUAUAUCAUUAGUUGUAUCAUUGCGAACAAAGUUAUGGUGUGUAUAUUCGGAAAGAUUCUGAGAGCCUGGAUUUGUUGCUGAAGACUUUUUGUUUUUGUUCACUGUUUGUUCUUUCACAGCAUUAUGAGCUAAGUUGAAAUACAUCAAUGUUUAGUGGAUUGGGAGGACAACUUUUGGUCUGGAAUACAGCAAGAUUUGGGCAAGUCUCUGGUAGGUGUCAAGGUGUUUAUUAUGUCCACAAGGUUUUGUUUAGACAAGAUUUAGGCAGAUCUGUGAUAGGGCUCAAAUGUUUAUUAUGCUCCUCAGGUAGGUAUCAAAACAAAAUUUGGGCAAAUCUGUGAUAGGUCUCGUGUAUUUACUGUAUUUUGCCUCAAAGGUUUCGACUGAAGCAAGAUAUGGUCAUCCGUGAUAGGCGUCAUUCAAAAAACAGGGUUGAGUUACAUUUUCGUUGUCAUGCUCUACUAUGGUAGUACUUAAUAUUGAAUGAUAUAAGAAAUGGAUAGGUUAAUUGUGUGUAACCCACUCACUGCAAAAGAUGUGUCUCUGGUGUAAGUAGGAAUGGUUUGUUAAAGUACGGUCACACACAUGAAAUAUUGUAUCACCCAUUUGACUUCUUUGCUAGGCAUUCAAGUACUGUGCCAUGCAUUCAAGCAGUGUGUCACACAUUAAAGUACUGUGCCACACACUCAAGUAAUGUGCCACACACUCAAGUACUGUGCCACACAUUGACCCAGCUUACAGCUUUUGGACCUCUUUAUGGCCUAGUAGUUGUUAUUUCUAGAGGUUGUGUGAAGAAUGUAUUCUUUCAUGACUUACAUUUUCGAUCCUUUAUGCAGGAAAUAGCAAGGCUAUCAGUGUAUGAGAUAUAACUGUCUGAAUUCUUUGUUUCUGGGUGUAUUUUAAGGCAAGAAAAGCCAGGGGCAAAGUGAAUUGCUUGAACUUGGCAUAUUGCUUUGGCAUUAAGUUUUGCUUAAGCAUUACAGGACAGGUUUUUCUUGUAGGUUAAUAGCUCUAUAGCGUGUUUGGUUCUGAAUGGGUGUGAAAGGUGGAUUAUCAUUUUGUGGAAAUAAUUAAAAUGUUAUUAAGACAUAAUGUCUUAAAUGCUAGGGUUUUUUUGAACGUUUAAUGAAUUGAAAGUGGUAACAUGUAAAUACAUGUAGCUUCAUCUUAUAUAGUAUCAAUUUAGUGUACAUAGAAGUCGUUUUGUUGAUUUUGAAAAUGGUUUGCAGUGGCUGUUUUUGUUUUACUUGUGUACUUUUUAAUAGAUAUAUGAAGAUUCAUAAAUUUAGUGAUAUUUCAGCUUUAAAGUUAAAUGAUAUAUCACUACAAAGGUAUCCCUAGCAAGACAGUGCUAGGAUUGUACAUUACUUGUAUAAAUAAUUUGCACUAAUUUUUUCUGUUUCACUUUUUUUUUCUUUUAAAUUCUCAUUUUACUAUACUAAGUGUCAUAAUAUUUUUUAUUAUCAUAUGUAGAUAAACAAUAUACACAAGGAAAUUGAUAAACUUAGUAGCAUUUAUUUUUUAUGCCACAAUGAUUGUUCAAGCUGUGAUAUAUAUAUUGUACAUGUUGAAUAGAUGUAUUACUUUUGCACCAAAUAUUUGUUGUUAGCUGGUAAGGAACCAUAGCUUGUAGUAUAAAUUGAACCCAGUCACUGAGCAUGACAUUCAAAUUGUGUAUAUAUAGACCAGCUAGGUGAGUUUAUAUGAACUAUGGAUGUUAAUGACUUAUAUUGGCCAAGCUUUAAGGUAUUAUAUAACACGUGAAUGUUUCCAGCAAUAAUACUCUUUUCUGCAGUAUUUUACAGAUGCGAAUUAUUACAGUGAACAUAGUAAUUCACGCUGUUUGCAGUGCCAAGUUUUUGCUACAAUUACAACUUUUCACAUUCAGUAUUAACUCACUUUAUUAAGUCCAGUAGUGUACAGUAAUAGUGCAGUAGGAAUUUUUUGCCCUGUAGAGACAUCUUUCCACUCACUACGCCCAUUAGUGAGCGACAUUACUCGUGACGGAUUUGGUCAGUAUUAAGUACAUUUUACUGCUAAUUUGAUACUCAUACUGUGCAGUAUUCUUUGUUUUCCUUUCAAAGUAGCUUCGUAAAAGUACUAAUGUAAUUUGCACACUGGUUUAAUAACAUGGUUAUACCUUGUGAUCUGUUAUGUUAAAAUAUAUAUACAUAAUAAACAAGUCAUCUUUUGUGUUUGUGGAUUCCCUAUAAAAAUAUCAAAACCACUUCAGUAUUAUGGCAUUAUGAUGUGAUAUGUAAUGCCUGCAAUUCAUUUUUUUCCACUGGCAGGAACUGCUAUUUUGUUUAUGGAGUAUUUGCAACUGCAAUAUACAUUUUUUUAUUAUUUGCAAAGUAUGCAGCUUCAGCUUGUUCAGUUGCAGCUGGCAAAAAGGGUAGAGUGACUAGAACUGGAAUAAGUGUUAUCUUAGAGACUGUACAAUUUUGAGUGGUAUUUUCUUAAAUUUUGAAUGAUUCUAUUUUAAAACAGUAUUGUUUUCUUGUUUGUGUGAGGUGUAAUUAUUUAUUCAUGUAUAUUAUAUCAAAACACAAGAGCAAUAAAUAA